AUGACAAUCAAGACCUCUAAACCAAUACCUGAUUUUCCUACAUAUGGAUUACUCCCGAAGGAGGAAACCGAAGCUGCGACCUUUUUGAAAAAAUAUCCCGAAUAUGACGGUCGUGGUGUGGUUAUUGCCAUAUUGGACACUGGAAUAGAUCCCGGUGCCGUUGGUUUACAGACCACAACCGAAGGAAAGCCAAAGAUCAUCGACAUCAUCGAUUGCACUGGCUCCGGCGACGUGAUCACAAAGACGGUCGUGAAACCCACUGUUUCAGGUGAAGGAGGUGAGGCCGUGCAUACGAUUCGGGGCUUAUCGGGCCGUUCCCUUAUAAUCGAUCCCAAGUGGAACAAUACGUCAGGGGAAUUUCGCGUUGGUAUUAAGAGAGCAUACGAGCUGUUUCCUAGGCCUCUGGUCUCGAGGUUGCAAAAGGAACGUCGGCAACAAUUCGAGAAGCAGCAUUAUCUUUUUCAGGCGGAUGCGCAACAGAAACUUGCAGCCUGGCAAGAAGCCCAUCCACCGUCUUCAUCCUUAUCAGAAGCCGAUGUUGAAAUCAAGGCCGACCUUGAAGCGAGGGUAGAGGUACUUAAGGAUUCAUUGAAAGGCUAUGAUGACCCCGGUAUAAUUUUAGACGUUGUGACAUUUUUUGAUGGAACCGAUUGGAGGGUGGUGGUUGAUGUCGACGAGUCCGGUGACCUGAGAGAACAACCGCUCUUAACCGACUAUCGCAAGGAAAGGCAGUUCCAUACCUUCAGCCAAGAAGACUUGCUGAAUUUUUCGGUCAAUAUAUAUGACGAUGGAAAUACCGUAUGUAUUGUCACCGCGUCCGGUUCUCACGGAACUCACGUCGCUGCCAUUACCGCCGCAUAUCAUCCAGAUGAGCCGGCGCUCAACGGGAUUGCUCCGGGUGCACAGAUCGUCUCGCUAAAAAUUGGUGACAAUCGUCUGGGUAGUAUGGAGACAGGUGCCGCAUUAGCGAGAGCCGCCAUCGCACUGGUGGAAACAAAAACCGACGUGGCAAACAUGAGUUAUGGUGAGGCAACCGCUGUGCCAGAUAGCGGUCAUUUUAUCCGGUUGAUUCGUGAUGAAGUUAUCGGCAAAUACGGUUGUAUCUUUUUGAGCAGUGCCGGGAAUAAUGGACCCGCACUGAGCACGACCGGAUCUCCUGGUGGCACUUCCAGUGAUGUUAUUGGUGUUGGGGCUUAUGUGAGUCACGCGAUGAUUCAAGCUGAAUACGCGCUUCUCGAAUCUGUCCCCGAACGCGCCUACACAUGGAGUUCCCAGGGUCCUAAUACUGACGGUGAUAUCGGCGUCACAAUUUAUGCACCUGGCGGUGCCAUCACAUCAACUCCGCUGUAUUCGUUGACCAAAGCCCAAUUGAUGAACGGAACAUCCAUGUCAUCACCGAAUGCCACGGGAUGCGUUGCGUUACUCUUAUCGGGUCUCAAGGCUGAAGACAAAACGUACACACCUUACAGGAUCAAAAAUGCUCUCGUGAAUAGUGCGAAACAGGUCAAUGAGAAUUUCGGUGUGGGUCUCAUUCAAGUUGAAAGGACGUGGGAGUAUCUUAAAAAGUUUUACGACCGGCCUGAUCAAGAUGUCGUUUAUGAGGUCAAAAUUCCUGAUAAGCCAAGGAGCAAACGUGGCAUUUACUUGAGAGAAUUUUAUGAAACCACAAGUCCACAAUUAUACAGUGUCUCGAUCAAGCCAAAGUUCAUGAGGGCAAUUGAGCCAACGUCUGGCGAAAACAAUCCAAAGAAAUUUGAAUUUGAAAGCAGGGUAUUUGAGGUCCAAGUUGAUCCGUCAAAAUUGACACCCGGUCAACUUCAUUUUGCGGAAGUUCAGGGCUACGACACAACAUGUCCAGAGCGAGGUCCCUUGUUCAAGUUACCCGUGACCGUAACGAAACCGAGCGUCAUGAAUAAUGGAUCAAAGAUAACUUAUGAUAACUGGGCAUUUGGGCCUGGGCAUAUUGAGCGAAAAUUCCUUAAAGUUCCGGAUGGUGCUACCUAUGCAGAUGUCACCAUCAAAUUUUCAUCUCGUCUGAUUGCUUCGCCUGCACGUUUUUGGCUGCACAUGAUUCAACUGCUACCGCAGAAGCGUUUUACGAGCGAGGAACACGAGUAUUUCUUUGUUCUAGCAAAGGGAAGUUAUGGAGAUGGCAAUGGCGAAGAGCAAGUGGAGAGAAAGCGAUUUUCCGUGUGUGGUGGUGUCACAAUCGAGAUCUGUUUCGCGCAAUUUUGGUCUAGCCCCGGAGAUCAUAAUGUUUCGUUGGAAUUUGUGUUUCAUGGAAUUCAAAUUGCCAACAAUGCAACCAGCGGAGAUGACGCCAUUUACAUCAACGGCGGUGAUUCCUUCACUCGCCUGGAUAUUAUUGCCCCCAUCCGAAGGGAGGAUGAUAUUUCUCCUUCAAUACAAUUUGGUAAUUAUUGCUUUGUUGAUUGUGCAAGUUCUGGUGUCACAAAAGCGCGUACAUUUUAA